AUGAAGAGAAAGGCGAGUGGCUCUGCCGGAGGACGGGCGACCUCCUCCAAGCGAGCCAAGGCUUCAUUGAGCCCCGAAAAGGCGCGCAAGCGGUUCCGCGACGGGCUUUUUGACAGCAACGUGCUCGAAGCCUACAAGACCGAGUACGCCGAGUCGACGCCCUACAAGCACGCCGUCAUCCACGAGCUCGUCGACGACACGCUGCUGCGCGCCGUCCGCGACGAGGUCCGGGCCAAUGUGCACUUCACGCCCAAGGAGACGGAUAUUUACAAGAUCCACCAGUCGGGCGACCUCGCGAACCUCGACGGCCUCGACGACCAAUCGCUGGCCAAGCUGCCCUCGCUGCUCGCGCUGCGCGACGCCAUCUACUCCGAGUCGUUUCGCGCCUACGUCGCUGGCAUCACGGGCUGCGGGCCGCUGAGCGGCCGCAAGACCGACAUGGCCAUCAACGUCUACACGCCCGGCUGCUACCUGCUGUGCCACGACGACGUCAUCGGCAGCCGCCGCGUCAGCUACAUCCUGUACCUGACGGACCCGGACACGCCGUGGCAGGCCGGCUGGGGCGGCGCGCUGCGCCUCUUCCCGGUGCAGGAGCAAGAGGGCCGCGACGGCGUGGUCGCCAAGACGCCCCUGCCCGACGUCGUCAAGAGCAUCCCGCCGGCGUGGAACCAGCUCAGCUUCUUCGCCGUGCAGCCCGGCGAGAGCUUCCACGACGUCGAGGAGGUGUACCAUGCUGAGAACAAGGCGCAGCUGGACAAGGACGGCGGCCGUGUGCGCAUGGCUAUCAGUGGUUGGUUUCACAUCCCCCAACCCGGCGAGGACGGCUUCGUGCAGGGCGAGGAGGAAAAGAACGCCACCAACAGCAGUCUGAUGCAGCUGCAGGGCAAUCCGGCCCAGUACGACGCGCCGCAGGCCCGCGUCGUGUCCGUCGCCCAGGCGGAGAAGGCCAAGACGGGCGAGGAGGAGGAGUUUGACGAGGCCGACCUCACCUUUUUGCUCCAGUACAUCUCCCCCACGUACCUCACGCCAGACACGCUCGAGCAGGUGUCGGAGCUGUUCCUGGAGCGCUCCAUCAUCACGCUCGACAACUUUCUCUCCAAAAAGUUUGCCGAGCGUCUGCGCACGUACGUCGAGGCGCAGGAGCAAAAGGGCUUGCCGGCAGAGAGCAGCGCCAUUGAGAAGACAACGCCCUGGAAGGUCGCGCGGCCCCCGCACAAGCACCGCUACCUGUACCAGCAGCCCAGCCUGCCAGACGAGCUGCGCACCUCGCAGGAUGAGUCGCCCGUCACCGAGCUGCUCGACCACGUGCUGCCCAGCCGCGCGUUUCGCAACUGGCUCGCGGUCGCGGCCCACGGACGCGUUCUGACGCACGACAUCACGGCGCGUCGCUUCCGGCGCGGACACGACUACACGCUGGCGACGAACCACGAGGGUGCGGCCAGGCUGGAGAUGAACUUGGCCAUCACGCCGAGCGCAGGCUGGGGCGAGGAUGAAGAGGGAGACGAGGAGGAGGAAGAGGAGGAAGAAGAAGAGGUCAAGCCGAAAAGCAAGGGCAAAGGCAAGGGUAAAGAAAAGGCGGUGCCCGAGACGAAUGGCAAGGGCAAGGGCAAGGCAAAGGAGGCUGUCGAGGAUGCCGUGGAAGAAGUGGAGGAUGUGGGCGGCCAGGAAGUAUACAUGGCCGACGACGACGACGACGAAGAGGACGCCGCCGUGUACAAGGCCAGCGGCGACGAGGACAAUAUCCUGUUCCACCAAAACGCGUCGUGGAACAAGUUGACACUGGUGAUGCGCGACAGCGGCACGCUCAAGUUCACAAAGUACGUCAGCCGCAAGGCGCAGGGCGACCGCUGGGACAUUUGGGGCCUCUUUGACAUUGAGGACCAGGGCAGCGACGAUGACGAGGAGGAGGAGGCAGGACCGUCGAAUGGCGAGGCCGCGCUGGGAGAGUCGGACAUGGACGAGACGUUUCAUGGGUUCUCCGACUCUGGGGACGAUGAGUCGGACUGA